AUGUCCCUCGCCCUACCAGGAGUCUGCCUGAUCACUGGAGCAUCCUCAGGCAUUGGCAGAGGAACAGCCGUGACGAUCGCCCGCGCGGGAUGCCCGUCCCUGUUUCUCGCGGACAUUGACCUGGCCGGGCUCGAGGAGACGAGGAGGCAGAUCCAGGAGGAGCAGCAGGGCAGCGCGGCUGCGAUGGUGAGGGUGGAGAUCCAGCGCACCGACAUCGCCGACGAGGCCUCGGUGAGGGACAUGGUCGCGUCGUGCGUGGCGGCGUUCGGACGGGUCGACUACGCGCUGAACAUUGCCGGGGUGGUGCCGCAGAGGAAGAAGAUCGUGGAUCUCGACGUCGAGACGUACGACAGGACGAUCCGGGUCAAUGAAUACGGGACCUGGCUAUGCCACCAAGCCGAGAUCCGGCAAAUGAUCCAACAAGACCCGCGACCGGGCCACACGGGCAGGGGGAGCAUCGUGUCCGUGUCGUCGCUGGCGGGCCUCAACGCCUCGAGCGGCAUGUCGGCGUACUGCGCGUCGAAACACAGCAUCGUCGGGUUCGCCAAGGCGGACGCGCAGGACUACGGCCCCUGCGGGGUGCGCAUCAACGUCGUGUGCCCCGGCAUGAUCGACACAGAGCUGUUUCGGCAGACGAGCCCGGCCGACGCGCCGGCGCAGUUGGCCGCCAUCACGCCCGUGCGGCGGCUGGGCACACCCGAGGACGUCGCGUGGCUGCUCAUGUUCCUGUGCAGUGAUAUGGCCGGGUUCGUGCACGGCGCCGUCAUCCCCUGUGAUGGCGGGCUCGUGCUGCAGAGGGGGGUCAUCUAG